GGAGAGAGGAGGCAGAGAGAAGAAUAAGCAGAGGAAUACAAGUGGCACGUCUUGUUUGUUUUCUCUUUUCACAAAAUCUAAAUUUAUCGUUUCUGAAGGAAUCUGUAUAGAGCCUAAUGAAAGGCAAAGGGGAGCAACAGACCCAGUCAAUGUCAAACUGGUUAACCAAAAAGGCCAGAACCAUCUGGACAGCUACAGAUGGAGAAUAACUAGGCACUGCUUAUCAUCUGCAACUCAUGGUGGUGAGAUUUGUCACCAGGUUGGAUCUUCUCCUGAAUUCACUGUGCGCUUGUAAGGAUUUGAAUAACAAGAUUCAGCCUCAGAUUUGGGGAUUCAGAGAUGAUAUUCAUAACUUAGGCACUAGUAAUCUUCUGUGCCCAAUGACUGCUCUUAAAGCUAUAGCCUGGACUUGUUGCCACAACAAUCUGUGAUGCUGAUGACACCCGUUUUGUAUGGUGAAUUUUCCACCUUAAAGUCUGACGUGCAAUUUGUGGCAAACCUGUAUAGUACAUUGUGAACCACCCACUGGAUAAAGAAAAUGCUGCUGAAACAUUCCUCAGAAACUGGAUUGGCCAACCCAGCUUCCUUACCCCCAGGUCCACCUCUGUCCCCAACUUUAGCCUUGUGGCUCCCUUUGGACUUUGCCCUGGGUGCCGCAGCUUGUUGUGGAGCCUGUGUUUUCACUAAUCCCCUGGAGGUGGUCAAGACAAGGCUGCAACUGCAAGGAGAACUAAAGGCCCGGGGCUCUUAUCAGAGGCAUUACCGGGGUGUUUUGCAGGCACUGUGGACUGUGGCGAGAGUGGAUGGACUACGUGGGCUUCAGAAAGGACUCUCUGUUGGGCUUCUUUACCAAGGCCUAAUGAAUGGCGUUCGGCUCAGCUUCUACUCAUAUUGCGAAGCCUCUGGAUUUACCCAGGCCCCUGGAGGCAGUCUGCUGGCAGGCGCAGCAUCAGGAGCCCUUGGGGCAUUUGUGGCCAGCCCAGCAUACUUGGUAAAAACACACCUCCAGGCACAGACAAUUGCAGCAAUCGCAGUGGGACAUCAGCAUAACCACCAGGGUGUAUCCAGUGCAUUUGCCAGCAUCUACCGAGCACAAGGGAUUUUGGGAUUAUGGCGGGGAGUAAAUGGGGCUGUACCACGGGUGAUGGUGGGCUCAGCUGCUCAACUUGCUACUUUCUCAUCUGCCAAGGAGUGGGUUGCCCAAAAACAGUGGUAUGUCCAGGACAGCUGGUUAGUGUCUCUCAAUGCUGCUAUGAUAAGUAGUAUUGCUGUGGCCAUAGCUAUGACUCCUUUCGAUGUCAUCAGUACACGACUUUAUAACCAGCCUGUAGAUGAGCUGGGUAAGGGUCGUCUUUACAGAGGUUUUCUGGACUGCUUUGUGAAGGUGACAAGGAAGGAAGGUCCCCUAGGCCUAUAUAAAGGAAUUGGACCAGCAUUCUUUCGCCUGGGACCGCACACUGUGCUGAGUAUGUUGUUUUGGGACUUACUGCGACAGGCAGCUUCUAAAUAUCAGGUGUAAGGAAAUUCAAUAGUUUCUUUUUUAUUUUGCACUAGACUAUUUGGGUCAAAUGGCCCCUUCUCUCCCAUAAUUCUUACAUUGACUUCACUGCAAACUAAGCUGCUGCAGACAGCCCAUCUAAAUGCAAUCUUUGGCAAAACACUGGAAAAAAUAGACAAAAGACUAAGGUAAAUAAAAAAUAAAAAAAAACUUAUGUUGGAUAAUUUUACCAAUUGCAGAAAUAUGCAAUUAUUUAUUAAAAAUGAAAUUCUUAGAUUUCAAUGGGUCAACUAGAAAUGCACUGUCUGUUAAAUACACUGUAUGUAUACAUAUUAUAUGAAAAAGCAAGCUGAUUUGAAGUGUGUUCAAUGAGAUCUAAAAAAAACAUGAAAUGCAUUCAGUAAUUUUUAGUGGUCAUCAAAUAAAAAGGCGCAAGAGUACAAAUACAAGAAAGAGCUCAAUUAGACUUAAAAUUUUCCUGUGCUCUUAGGUGCAAUUAUUUAGGAUAUAGCGGGCUGGAUAAUGGAUGGAUACAGUAUAAGAUAUACAGUAUAUUAAUGCUGAUAUGACUCAAGCAGACAGGCUUGAAAUUAUUAUUACAGGAAAUACUGUACAAAACUAUGACCUCUAAGUAAAAACGUGUUAUUCUUAAGUGAGCAGCAAGAACCAAUGAAAGUGAGAAAAAAAGAGUCAUUGAUUACUCUAUUACAAGAGACUUCACUAGUAACUUACCAAGGAGGGUAAGAGAGCUUGGUGGGUGUCCUGUUUGCUGAGGAUGCUCCUAAAAUAGAGUAAAAGAGGAUCCAAUUAGUGCACGGAUUAAAUGUCCAUUGUGCUCAGUCCAUUUCUGUGAUGGCCAGGUCCUAUGUGAUUCCAUUCCAAAACAAAUAAAUAAGCAAAAGGAUGUAAAUGCUGUAAUUCAGUAACACUAUUCUACAGAACUAAACUUUACAAUACACCAACAGUAUUAAAAGAAACCAUUUAUUUAGCAAUCCAUUGUUCUGUUUCCCAUUUUGGUUCUUAGUGCUUUCUGAUGAGGUUCGACACAUUUGACAAAAUUUAGAGAGUAAAAUAUUUCCUAGUGCUCUUUGUUGCAGUUAAGUUCUCACAUUUGCUCCUGUGCCAUCUGAUUACAUACUAAUAAUUAGUUUUAUUAUAACAAACAUCAGGUGGAAUCCAAAAAAUGAUAACCAUAAUGUCUGCCUGAAACACACACUUACCCCUGUGACCUCAGAUUACAGACAAUUAAUUAAUAAUAUUAUAGCGAAUGUCCAGUGGAUUACAAAAAUAACUAUUAAUAUGCAUUUAUAAUACUGAGAUAAGUAUUAUAAGACAAGGAAUUACUGUAGCUAUGUUUAACUAAUUUGGCCAAAUUAGUCAAAUAACACACACAAAUGGUAUCUUUCUGAAUAUUCUGAUGCAAAAAUAGUAUCAAUUAAGUAUGAAUUUCUUUGAGUUAAUGAGGUUCAUGCUGUGGCGUGGCUCAAUGUUCAUCUUUUUCUCUGUUAAUCACCAUCUAAGGGAUAUCUUUCGCAAUUGACAUAAAAAAAAUAUCGAGUGCCAUUCGUUUAUUACAGAAUUCAAAUAAAGACUACUUACUUACAAAGAGUACUUACUGAGGCCAUAGGGCAGGGGUCCUCAAUCACAGUCCUGGAGGGCCGCAGUGGCUGCAGGUUUUUGUUCUAACCCGGUUGCUUAAUUAGAAAGCAAUUCUUGCCAAUAAUUUAAUUUCAUAGCUUGUUAGAGCUUUAACACUGCUAUGUCAGGUAAUUCUCAUAUCUUAGAUUUUCUUCCCCUUUCUAAGGAUAUCAUCCAAAUGAUUUGAAGGCUCAAAUGGAUGAGUAAUUCACAGUCCUUCACUUUCCUUCUAACUAUUUAAUUAAACCCAAUAAUGCAUGAUAAAUACACACAGGUGUAAAUGGUAACAAGUUAAACGGAGAAAUGCUGGUCUCUUUUGUCAUAUGCAUGUUAUUGCUAAUUAGGAGCAAUUAAAAACCAAGAAUACAGCUGUUUAAGACUAAAAUAAGCAAUAAGGGUUCAAAAUCUUAAUGAGCACGACCACUAAAGUGAAGCAGAACUGUUACUUGAACAAUAAGUGGUUCUUAUUAAGCAACUGGGUUGGAGCAAAAACCUGCAGCCACUGUGGCCCUCCAGGACUGUGAUUGUGGACCCCUGCCAUAGGGAGACAAUCAACUUAAAUGGGAAACGUUUAAACAAAUGGUUGGGAUCACAAAUACCUAAGUAUUCAGCUACAAAAGAAACAUCACUAAACACAUGGCAGUGCGAGGAAGAGGUAGAAAUGAUUUUUGAACAUUGGAAAAUGCAAGGAGCCUAAAUCAGGAGUACAGCCAUGACUAAAUCUGUUUCUUUAUGGCCUGUUCUGGUAGUCGGUGCUCAAGUAAUACCUUUGUAAAUAAACAUAGACAAGCAAAACUUGAAGUUUGUUUAAUCCUUGUUACAGAAGUCAUGAGAAAUGCAGAAUACACUGCACUACUGUUGUGGCUAGGGAAAGACAAAAAUAAUCAAAUGCUGCAAAGAUAUUUGUAUAGUACAGCUGGGAUAGACUUUUGCCCACCAUGACCCUGAAUUGGAUUAAGUGUGUCUAAGAAUGUUAUGUUACAAUGCUAUGUUACAAGACAAAUGUCACUAAAAACCACUGUUGUUUGGUGGUUCAUGUACAAUUGUUUAGGUCAAGGUGACUCCUUUAGUAGUGUGAAGGAGCAGGGAAAAGGCAAUUUAACAGUUCCAUCUUUGGGUGUGGCCAUAAUUGGGUGCAUCCCUCUGUAGUUUAUAUAUACUUUGGCAGAAGUGAUUCUGUUCUAAACACACACAGAAAAGAAAGAGGUACUACUUUAUUAAAUAAUUUGCAAAUAAAGUCGACAUUACAAUGAACCAGUGGUGUACAAACCAGCUGUCACUUCCAAAAUUAAUUUUCUAGCACACCACUCUCUCUUUUCAGUCUUGUGGUCAUGGUUUGAUUUCUUUGCCUGUCAGACAUUCACUUUAUUUAAAAGGUAACUCUGAAUUUCACAACUCAUACAAAGAUUAAGAAAUGAGCAAGAUUUGCACAAAAGAUGGCCUGCAUUUUAAAAGUGUUAAAGAAAUUGCUGCUGUUGCUAAUGAGUGUUAAAGAAAUUGCUGCUACUGACAUAUCUUGUUUAAAAAAUGCAUUAUUUUAAAAGGGUAGAGAGAAACACGGAGAAGUUGUCAACACUAGUGUGCCUUAUUAAUUUUGACUUGAAGCAGCUCCUGGUACUACUGAUUUGAAAAGCAACUGCUAAUGACACUGUGAAAUCUUAGUAAAUUAUGAUCAGGGGUACAUUUGUUUACUUACUAUAUACAUACAAGAGACUGUAUCUCAGUAGUGAAGCUGUAUGUCACUUUACAACUGUUUUCCUUAAGUGAGCCACUGCCAUUGUAGUGGUUUCCAUUAUGCAGGACAAUGCUUACAACAAGCUUACAACUGCUGAAACAAUCUGGAAGAAUGUAAUCAAUUAUUUUUUCUUUUUCAAAUUUAAAUUAAAAAAAGCAUAGCUAUAAACUGAAUUUGAAUAAAAUACGUUGUG